AUGUGCCUGGUCCUUACAUCACGAUGCUUCCUUCCUGUGCGUCUGGACCCCCCUGCUGGAGCUUUCCUCGGCUUCGACCCGUUCUAUAUGCCCUGUGGAGAAAUAUGCUCCGUACCUCUGCUGGUUGGUCUAGGAUUAAUUAAACUGGCCUACCAAGGAGAGCAAAAAUGGGGACCUGAAACACAAAUCGACUGGGCUUGCGCUUCCGGAGACCAGGCUAUGACAGUCGCUGCAUUACUUACGAGACGGGACUCCUUCCCGUUGGCAGCAGCUCCUCGUCUUUACUCCGACGGAAAGCAAGGAGAAGCCCUGGGCACCGGCUUCAGCCAACCAGGUACGGGAGAGCCGCAAGAGCUAGGACUGAAAAAGGCAUAUUCCGGCUUAAAGGAUUUCAACGUUCAAGGGGAAGAAGCAUGUAUAUUUUCCCUGCUGAUAGUUAUCUAG